AUGGAAUUUCAUGAAAGCCAGCAAAGUCAGAAAAAAAGUGUGAUGAAGAAAGUGAAGACCUUCGUCGGGAGGAUACUGUCAGCCCGGCACAGACACAAGCCAGCCGGUUCGGGCGCCACCAGCCCCCAGGAAGCCCUCCUUCCCCACCCGCAGAGCCUUCUUCCUGGAGGUGCCCAGGAGCUGCCGCCGCCCAGGCUCCGCUCCACACCGAGGACGAGAAAACUCCCACAGAAUGCUCUCCAACUCGACGUUGUAGAAGCAGAGACGGAGGAGAUCACCAGAGGAAGCACACUGCUCCGGGCCAGAACCACCCGGCGGCUGUCGGUGACAUCCCUCCCGGCGACAUCCCUCCCGGCAGGGCUGCACAAGUGUGCUGGCAUCUGGCGUGUCGUGCAUGCUGCGUGGGGAGCAAUCCCUGAGACAGGCUCUGCCCUGCAGACAUUCUUUGAGGAUGUGGAUGACCUCAUAGAAACAGUGACUGACAAGUCCAUGAAGUUACUGGCCCAAAGGCACGCUGAGCUUCAACAGUGCGAGUUUCUAGGAGACGAAAUUCUUCAGUCUUCUAAGCAGUUCCAGAGGAUUUCCAAGAGAACCAUGAGGAAGUAUAAAUUGAAGAAUGUGUGUUUCCCAUGUACCUGCUGCUGCUUCUGA